UACAUCCACAAGAAUCUGAGCCAUCUAAGAACCUUACAAUCUUGAAUAAUAUCGAGUGGAAGAAAACACAGCACAAAACCAGUACAGUGGCUUAUCCAUAACUCCAGGGUAUCAUCCUGCAUUGCCUUUUUCUCAGUGAAGCAGAAAGGAAAUCAAACAAAAGAAACGGUAUGGCCAUGGAGAGUUGUUUGCAGGUAACCACAGUUGGCACAGUCGCCAGACCCCAAAGUCUUCAUCCAUUCAGUGCAAGGGAAAAGGUUGUUUUCCCAACUUACAGAGGAUUCAAGAAAUGUUUCUCAAAAUCAGCUACAUCAUCAAACCCUUCUCUUUACUCUGCUGCUGGUACCAACAGAAAAUUUAGUGUCAUCUGCAAUGCUCGUGAAGCAGUAAAUGAAGUAAAAGUAGUGACAGAAUCAAGCUGGAAUGACCUUGUUAUUGCAAGUGAAAUUCCUGUGCUGGUAGAUUUUUGGGCACCAUGGUGUGGUCCUUGCAGAAUGAUAGCUCCUCUUAUUGAUGAGUUAGCCAAAGAGUAUGCUGGAAAAAUUGCAUGCUACAAGCUUAACACAGAUGACAGUCCAAACAUAGCCACACAGUAUGGAAUCAGAAGCAUUCCAACUGUUCUAUUCUUCAAAAAUGGAGAGAAAAAAGAAAGUGUAAUCGGUGCCGUUCCCAAGUCCACUUUGACUGCAUCACUGGAGAAAUACAUAGCUAUAUGAGUUGAGAAUCAUGAACCAAGGAUUAUCUCACGAUUUAUCAAAAUAGUACUUUGUAUCCAUAUCUUUUUCAACAUUUUGUAAAGAUUGCAUUUUACAUAAAUUCCCCAUGGAGGAAAAUUCAGUCCCUCUUUUCGUCA